GCUUGUCCUUUGUAAGGUAGAGGAGGAUGAGUUUCAGAGCACGCUACAAGGAUUUUUUUUUAAUAUAAACAUGACCAUCGAUCUGUGGAUUUUUUUCCUAUGACAGGUGGGAGAGAUCUGUAAAAUGUAUGUGUCAGUGUUUUGUUUUGGUAGCAUCCUUGCGGGGAGGGAUCUUAUCAGUCUCGACAACCUCAGCCAUCUGAAAAUGACAGAUACAGCAGGUGGCUGAGGACCUUGGCUAUUCUUUGCAUCAUUUACUGCAUUGCUGUGUUGGAGUCUCAAAGAAGAAACAAAAAUCAGCUUGUAUUUGAGAACAUCCAGAAUGGGCUGCUCACCAUCCAAAGGAAACCAUUUUGGGGUUCUCGGCCCCACGAGGAAGGGGAGAAUGCUUCCUCCUGCACCUCAAGAAAGCCCCAGAGAUUCUCACUUUGAAGAUGGAGAGAAUCAAAAUUCAACUGAAUCAACAGAUGGAGAUACAAAGGAGAGGAAGGCAGCCGGACAAACCCAGGUAUUUCAAAAAGAGGCUCAAAUGACACCACAGAAAAAGAGACAUGUGGCUGACCUCGCCCCUGGAGUAGUAAACAUGGAUAAACUGGGGAGUCAAGGAACGGACAACAACACAGUUUCACAGAGAAAAGACAAAAAUGUUGACAAGCAGGAUGGGACAGAAAAAAAGCCUGUCAGAAAACCUAAAAAAAAUACCAGAGGUAUUAAGGGGCUAAAGAAGAAAGACAAGGAGAAAGACAAACUACUUACAGAACAGAAAGUGGACUUCCCAGAACCUUUGGUAAAAGCUCACCAAGCUGCUUAUGCCUUUUUGAAUCCCAGCAUAAACAAAUAUGACGCUUUACUAGGACUCCUGGAAGAAGCAACCCAAACACAGGUUUCUGUACAGACUAUGGUUGCUUUUAUGGCUUUACGCUAUGAGGAAAUAAUUCAGGGACUGGAAGAGAUGGCAGACGAGGGAGAAAAAGUUUUAAAAGAAAAUGGAGAACAUCUUGCUUGGCCAAGUCAAAUGAAAAACCUCUCAUCUUCUCCACCUUUUAAGUCUGGCUCUGCUAAUAUUGAGCCCCCACCGGAUUUGUUGCAGCAGCUGCUUCAGUACACCACACAGAGAAUGCGAAAUGUGAGCCAGACUGUUGGCGGAAUUGGGGACUCUGCUUUAGAGGAGGCAGUGGAGUACUUUGCCUCUGUCUCUGAGCUUUUAGAGGAGAAACUGAAAGUCAAACGUGCAGUAGAGACUAGGCUAAUGCAACUCUUAUCUCACAUUGAAAUGGCCUCUUUGCGCAAGCCUGGGCCAGAGGAUUCUGCUCUCUUUAGUGAGGACAGUGGUAUUGGAGCUGAGAGUGAAUCCCUUGCUGGAUCUGAAAGACGCCAUAGACGAGAGAGUUGUGCAUCUACUGGGACAAAUAGGACUACCUCUGUCAGUCCUUUGGGAUACAUCCCCAUGGACAUUAGGCAAGGAAUAUCAAGGCAAAAGCUUGCAAGUCAAAUAAGUCCAAGUGUUUCCCUCACCUCACUCAACUCAUUAGGUUCUACAUGUACUAUAAUGGCUAAUUACCACAGAGACUCAUUGCUAGGAUCAGUCUCUUUAGAUUAUGGGGAGGAAGACGACAAUGAUGAUGAGGAGGAUAUGGACAGAGGUGUGAAAGAUGUGCAAGUAGGGUUGAGAAAGCGAUCAAAUUCUUCACCCGUAGACCACAAGCAACAACAACCACGCCGCCUACCCCCAAAGCGAAUAGAGAAUCCUCAAAAUGUUGAAAUGACUCUCAAAAUGAAAAAUGCUAUAAGUGGUAGGAUACAGUUUGUUCCAUCACAGAACGCUAGUGCCAAAACAAAGACAGCUGGCAGCCCAAAAACCAGUAGACGGCAGUGGACUGAGGAAGUCGAACGAUCUCCAAGGAGGCCUCAAACAACGGCACCUACUCGGAAGGCAGUGUCAAAAAAGACCCCAGUGACUAGAGAGCGACGUUCCCAGUCAGCAGAAUCCCUGCGGAGCAAAGGAGAAGAUCCAACUCUGCUUGAAUUAGAAAGGACCCAGAAGGAUUUAAACCAGAGGUUGCAGAGGAUGAGUAAAAGCAAGGCAGGUGGAAGUGUUAAGAACCCUCCAUCAAAACAAAAUCAAGGAACCUCACCAGCACAAUCUCCAGCAAGAAAUCGCAAACAACCCUUGCUUCAGAAAAACAGCAAUCCCCAACCACCUGAUGACAAAGCAGGCCUUACAAGGCGCAAUGCAAAAAAACAGGAGGUAGUCAGUGAUGUGGAAGAAGAUAAACUGAAGGACCAGAAAAUAUUAAAGGGUCCUAUAAAAGCCACCCCACCCCCUAGCCCUCCUUCAUCACCACGACCAUCUUCAGGCCUUUACAGAGGCAGAAACUCAGUUAAAAGACUAAUUGAUACCUUCAGUCAAGGAAUAGAGGAUCUAGAUGGUCCUAAAGUUCUGGGGCCUCUCAGAGGAGUACGGAAGUGUGGCGUCCCAGUGUUACCUGGUUUAGGCAAUGUGGAAGCUGUGCUUAGCACUGGGAUAACCAGCUGUAGACCUGAAUCCACUGCAUUGGAGAAAACCAGUGACUUAGAUCUGGACAGUCUUCCUCCGCCUCCACUGGAAGUAUUAAUGGACAAUUCUUUCGAAAGUGCCCAGAGUCUUUUAACUGGUGUAGCUAAUGAAGGGGCUACCAAAGUCAGAAAAUCACCUGUAUUAAAGAGGGCUUUAGUAUCUCAGCGAUUGAAGGCCUCAGUUCAGUCAGUGACGGUGCUGCCAAGUAAAGGAGGCCCUCCACAAGUUUCCAAGAUUUCCCCCCUUGUUAGAGCAGAUCAACAAGGUGCAUCUGCUCCAUCAAAGGCCAGCCAACCAGAUGUUCAACAGGAGGCAGACCCAAGUGGAAAGGAAAAGGAUUCCUCGUAUCAGCAAGACAGAAAGAUGAUACACCUAAGACACUCAUCAGACUCACAGAGAUUGUCAACAAAUUCUCUAGUAACAAAUCCAUCUGCCAGUCAAGAAGAAUCAGCAGACAUACAAGAUGGUGGCAACCUUUCAGUGCCUGGAUCUAACACUACAGCAUCAACAGUGCCUCCUUCUUCAGUCGUCAGGAGCCAGCCACCUGCCACACCACCCAUGCAUAAGGGGCGAAUGUUACCAUCCACACCUUCUGCACCAAGCAGUCUACAUCGAAGACUUCCCAGUCCCCACACCUUCAAAAGGCAACCUACUCCACCCUCUUCUGCUAGCCCUCCUGUUAACAGGAAACUCCCUACACCACCUGCAAUCCAAGGGAGGCUCCCCAGCCCACCUGUUGCAAAACAGAACUCAAAUUCAUCCUCCUCCUACCCUUUCAAAGCACCGUCUCCACCAGCUUCGCCAAAGGUACAAAGAUGGUCAAGGGAGAACAGCAGCGAAGACUUGUCUAGUCCUCGGAUGAUCAGUAAUGCUCGUUCAGUCUUCUGCCCUGUCUCCUCAUCCCUGUUUGAAGCCCAGCCUUGUCCAGUUCCCCGACCCCCUCAAGCAUGGACCUCUACUGGGGUCUCUUUUCUCCCACGUUCUUGGGGGAGUCGUGGGAGGUUUCCUGUAUCUAUUCAAGGACCUCGACCCUUCAUCCGACGUAGCCAUUCAGAACGAAGGCCAAGUCUAAGUCUGCCACCAAGAGCGCCAGGCAUCUCAGUGGCUGAGACCUGUGGGAGUGAGCCAGCAAUAUACUCACAGGGGCUGGACGAUGAACCAACCAGGGACGAAGAACUAUGGGAGAGCCAAUCAAACCUCAGACCUACACUACGCUCUGCGUCACACCCUGACCUGUGUGUUGUUGGACAAGCCUUGCACAGAGACUAAAGGGGCCAAUGAAGGGCCAGUGGGAUUAUGGAUUAGCCGGCCUUGCCAAGGAUUUAAGACGACGGUGUUUAUUUCCCUGCGAAGAGAGGGAGAGCUAAUUCUAUCCACUUUGCUGUUGUAACACACUUAUGUGAGGAAAAGUGAUUUAUCGGAGAAUUUAUCUGUGUAUAAUAUGUAUUUCAGAGAGACAUACAUAUUAUACACAUUUUUAUGUUUACAGUUUAUGGAACACAUUACUUGGCUUUGUGAUUGUACUACAGAUUCAGGGGUUUUGGAAAUGAAUCUUCACACAAGCUUGUACAGUAUAUUGCAAGUUUACUUUCAGUUCAUUCAGAGGUUACAUCUUAACAAUUCAAAAUACUGAAUGUAGUGUGUCUGUGGCUUUAUCUUAUCUCAACUUUAAUUGGUUUUAAAAAGACAUAAAAAAGACCACAACUAUUAAAAUGUGUUAAUAAAUAUUUGAGUGGGUUGUUGCUCCAUUACUGGCAAAGUAACCAUAUUAUUGAAUAAACUGAAAGUAACUUCAUCACAUCAGUGCCAUGAACCAUUCCAGGAUUUUAAUCUUAUUGUAAAUAGUUCUGUUUUUGGAAAUUAUUAAUCCAAGCAAUAAUGUUAUCAUCCGUAAUUACAUAUAUGACUGUUAUUAACUAGGUUUUCAAUAAUUCAGUGAGAUAUUGUUUCUCUCCAUUGUCAUAUGCUACAAGGCAAAAUAAGACCACUCUCAACCAGUAUUUUUAAGGGUUUUCAAGUUGUUGUUUUUUUACAAUUUGUUUAUUAAUAAAAAAGC